AUGCCUCCCCAGCCUCCUCAGCCGGCUGUGGACGACGACGUGCUCAGCGCACCCCUGCCGCCGGCCAUGGAGGUCUUCAUCACCGACGCUGUAGCAGAUCUGCUUGCUGCCGGCCAUGGAGGAUGUCGCCGCAACCGCACCCUGCUCCCGCUCUCCCUCUCGCUCACCACGCUCGCCGCCGAGCUCCUCACCGUAGCGGCCUCCCUCGCGGCGGCGGCCGCCGGCUCCGGUGAGCAGUGGGCGACGACAACAGGGAGGGCUGCAGCGCCGUCUAAUUUGGGGGAGGAGAGUGAGACCGCCAAAACUAACAAUUUCCAAACCAUCCAGUUGCCGAGAAACGCAAACAGGUUUUUGAUCAACAAGCUAGGGCGCACUCAUCUGAUCGAUCAGAAGUUCACGCCUUUGUUCAACAAGCGCGCCACCGAGAUGGCAUCGGCAGCAGUAGCAGCAGACGGCGCCGCCGACGGCAAGAAGAUGAUCCUGCUCGUCAGCUCGGACGGCGUGAAAUUCGAGCUGUCGGAGGCGGCGGCGAGCUUGUCCAAGACGCUGGGUAACAUGAUCGAGGAUGACUGCGCCACCAACGGCGCCAUCCCUCUCGCCAACGUCGCCGCCGACAUCCUCGCCAUGGUGGUCGAGUACUGCAACAGGCACGCCGCCGCCGCCGCGAAUGCUAGCGGGCAGGAGGAGCUCAUCAGGAAGUUCGACGCCGAGUUCGUCAACAUCGACAGGAAGAAGUUGUUCGGCCUGAUCAAUGCUGCCAACUUCCUGAACAUGCCGUGCCUGUUGGAGCUGACAUGCCAGCGCACGGCGGACUUGAUCAAAGACAUGAUGCCGGAGCAGGUCAGGGAGGUAUUUGGGAUCGAGAACGACUUCACGCCGGAGGAGGAGGCCGAGGUCCGUAACGAGAACGCCUGGGCCUAUGAGAUGUAG